GCCUCUCGCCGCUCCAUGGAGGAGGCGGGGAUGCUGUGCGGACUGCGCGCGGGAUGGGGGCGCAGCAGAGCUGCAGCCGGCCCGGGACAAGCGCUGUGCAAGGCGAGCGGCUGCAGCAGCAAGAGGGACAGCCGCGCGCUCGGCGGGGAGCCUGAGCUGGAGGCUGAGGAGGCAGGCGCCACCGCCGCCGCCGCCGGGACCAGCGAGGCUCUGGCGGGCUGGGAUGAAGCGGGCGGCGGGCGGCUGUGGGGCCAAAUAGCUUCCCGCGGCGGCGGCGGCCGGACAGGGGACGACGGCGGCUGCUGCUAUUGCUGCUGCGGGCAGGAGGCUGAGGGCAGCGGGGCGGCCGCCGUCGCCUCAGCGUCCUCCGCCGCCGCCGAGUGGGUCGCGGGGAUGGCGGCUCCUCCUCACGGCUACCCGCUCUCGGACCCGGGCUCCAACAGCGAGCGCAGCGCCGACUCGCCGCUGCCCGACGACGACGGCGGCUCCUCGGCGGCCGGCCCCGCCCGAGCCCCCUCGGCCAGCCCCGAGUGGGGCGAGGAGAGGUUCCGCGUGGACAGGAAGAAGCUGGAGGCCAUGCUGCAAGCUGCUGCUGAAGGAAAAGGCAAAAGUGGAGAAGACUUUUUUCAGAAGAUUAUGGAAGAAACAAACACUCAGAUUGCUUGGCCAUCCAAGCUGAAGAUUGGUGCAAAAUCAAAGAAAGAUCCUCAUAUUAAAGUCUCCGGGAAAAAGGAAAAUGUCAAAGAAGCUAAAGAGAAGAUCAUGUCUGUUUUGGACACAAAAAGUAAUCGAGUCACUCUGAAGAUGGAUGUGUCCCAUACAGAGCAUUCUCAUGUGAUUGGAAAAGGAGGAAAUAACAUUAAAAGGGUGAUGGAGGAAACGGGGUGCCACAUCCACUUUCCAGAUUCUAAUAGAAAUAACCAAGCAGAAAAAAGCAAUCAAGUGUCAAUUGCAGGACAACCAGCCGGAGUUGAGUCGGCCAGAGUUAGAAUACGGGAGCUGCUCCCAUUGGUGCUGAUGUUUGAAUUACCUAUAGCUGGAAUCCUUCAACCAAUCCCUGAUCCCAAUUCUCCUACAAUUCAGCAUAUAUCGCAGACAUAUAAUAUUUCAGUAUCCUUUAAACAGCGUUCUCGGACAUAUGGGGCUACAGUCAUCAUCAGAGGAUCUCAGAAUAACGCUAGUUCUGUGAAGGAAGGAACAGCUAUGCUCUUGGAACACCUGGCUGGUAGCCUGGCUUCUGCAAUCCCCGUGAGCACACAGCUGGAUAUAGCAGCUCAGCAUCAUCUCUUUAUGAUGGGUCGGAACGGCAGCAACAUCAAGCAUAUAAUGCAGAGAACUGGUGCUCAGAUCCAUUUCCCCGAUCCCAGCAACCCACAGAAGAAAUCCACAGUCUACCUCCAGGGCACUAUUGAGUCAGUCUGCCUUGCCAGACAGUACCUCAUGGGCUGCCUUCCUCUUGUGCUGAUGUUUGAUAUGAAGGAAGAAAUUGAUGUAGAACCACACUUUAUAACUCAGCUAAUGGAACAGCUAGACGUCUUCAUUAGUAUUAAGCCAAAGCCAAAGCAGCCAAGCAAGUCUGUAAUUGUGAAAAGUGUUGAGCGAAAUGCCUUAAACAUGUACGAGGCACGAAAAUGUCUCCUGGGCCUUGAAAGCAGUGGAGUCCCCAUGGCAACAAGCCCAUCCACAGUCUCGUGUCCUGUUGGCCUCUCAUGUCCUGGUUUGGAUAUCCUGUCCUCGGCUGGGCUAGGACUUACUGGACUCGGCCUCCUUGGUCCAACAGCCUUGUCUGUCAGCACGUCCACCACACCAAAUUCUCUCCUAAAUGCUCUCAAUAGUUCUGUUAGUCCUUUGCAGAGUCCUAGUUCAGGCACGCCCAGCCCAACAUUGUGGGCAUCUUCAAUUGCCAAUACAAGUGCUACAGGCUUCUCUGCUAUUCCCCACCUGAUGAUGCCAUCUACUGCCCAAGCCACUUUGACCAGUAUUCUUCUAUCAGGAGUGCCAAACUAUAGCCAGAACACGCCAUCUCCCCCUCCUGGCUUGACCCCUGUCGAUAUUCAUGUCAAUGGCAUGCAAGCGGAAAACAAGAAAAGCUCAGCUUCUCUAAAUGGUCAUGUAAAGACCUCAGCUAUGAAAUAUACUGCACUAACUGCUGCAUCACUCGGUGAAAAUGUGUUGGGUCCAAACCACAGCGAUCCAUCCAGGCAGACAAAUAGUCAUAGUGCCUCCGAACAAGUGACCACCAAGGCAAAUGCUGGCGAAGGUUGCAAUGAUGCCUUUGUGGAGGUGGGCAUGCCAAGAAGUCCUUCACAUUCAGCCAAUGCCAGUGAUCUCAAGCAAAUGAUGAGUUCCUCCAAGCAAUCCUGUGCAAAGAGGCAAACAGUAGAACUGUUGCAAGGCACCAAAAACUCUCACUUACACACCGCAGAGAGGCUGCUUUCAGAUUCUGAGCUGAGUGGUUCAGAGAACCCAGUGGCUGAUAAAAAGGCUCCUGGAAGUGAACGAGCAGCUGAGAGGGCGGCAGCAGCCCAGCAGAAUUCUGAAAGAGCGCGCCUUGCCCCACAGUCGUCAUAUGUGAAUAUGCAGGCAUUUGACUAUGAACAGAAGAAGCUAUUAGCAACCAAAGCUAUGUUAAAGAAGCCAGUUGUUACGGAGGUGAGGACACCGACAAACACCUGGAGUGGGCUUGGCUUCUCCAAAUCAAUGCCAGCUGAAACAAUCAAGGAAUUGAGAAGAGCUAACCACGUGUCUUAUAAACCGUCCAUGUCGACAACUUAUGAGGGUUCAUCAAUGUCUCUCUCACGAUCCAACAGCCGGGAACAUCUAGGAAGUGGUAGCGACUCUGAUAACUGGAGAGAUCACAAUGGCAUUGGCCCAGCAGCCCCUGGCGACUUUGUUUCUUCCAUUGGCAGCCCUAAAAGGAAACAAAACAAAUCAACUGAACAUUAUCUCAGCAGCAGCAAUUACAUGGACUGCAUCUCCUCGCUGACAGGAAGCAAUGGCUGUAACUUGAACAGCCUAUUUAAGGGAUCUGACCUGCCUGAGCUGUUCAGCAAACUGGGUUUGGGCAAAUACACAGACAUAUUCCAGCAACAAGAGAUUGAUCUUCAGACGUUCCUCACUCUCACAGAUCAGGAUCUGAAAGAGCUCGGAAUUACUACUUUUGGUGCACGAAGGAAAAUGCUGCUUGCAAUUUCAGAACUGAAUAAAAACCGAAGAAAACUGUUUGACCCCUCCAAUGUCCGUGCCUCGUUCCUGGAAGGCGGCGCUAGUGGAAGGCUGCCGCGUCAAUUUCAUUCGGACAUUGCUAGUGUGAGCGGCCGCUGGUAGCAGUAAGUCGAGGCUCUCACAGUUGACUGCACAAAUGGACAUGGCAAUCCUGUGGACAGCCAUCACUGCACACAACCCCCUGCACUUUGGGAAUUUAGGUACCAAGGACCAAAGCCUUCUGCACAAAUACCUGUGCCAAAAAAAGGAAGAGAACACUUGUCUCUUUCUGAACACCAAAUGUGGAUUAUGUUUUACUCAUGUAGAUUGGACAGAAUUUGCAAUAAUGAUAAUAUAGGGUUCUUUGUUUAGUAUUUUAUUACUUAUAAUAACUAUAUUGUAUGCACUGAAAUUUUUUUUUUACUUAUUUGAACGGAGAGUGAAGGGCUGGGAUGCCAGAGGGGCAUAGCAUGUGGUUUUUAUCAAGAAGGUAUUUCUGGUACUGCUUAAUGAUUAAUUGAGGUCUUUCUGCACUUUACGUGUUCUGAUUGCUUGUCCUGUGGAAAUUUUAUUGUUUUCCUCUUCAAUUUCCAUGGGGAAAAAAUAUUGUAUUGGCACUUAUCAACAUUUGCCAGGUAUGUUCCCACAUUAGAUGAAAUUCUUAUGCCAUAAAUCAUACUAGCAAAUCAAAUGUUGGUUAUUUUCCCCCCUUAAACAACUGUAGAGAAGUCGUCAACAAUCAGGUCUCUUAGCGUUGGACUCAACCUUCUUUUCGCUUUUGGGAGGCAUUUGAAGAAUCCUUACAGUUAAUCUUGUGCACUGUAAAAGAUGCAAUGAAAGACCAAAAUGAACCUUAUUGCCAUCAGUUAUCCCUAUUUAGCUGCUGCCUGUAAUGCUAAAACUGAUUUUAAUGGUCGUCUCAAAGCAAAGGACUAUUUUAGUAUAUACUGCCACUAAAGGACACUUUAUUUAUAGGAAACGUCUUAUUUUUUAGAAUCUGUACACUUUACAGUGCAUAAGAAAUUAAACGGAUCUCCUAAAAAGUUUUUGGUAGAGGAUGGAAGGCAGUUCAUCAUGCCAGAACUCUGGGCAAUUGUUCGUUUAAGGAGAGCAUUAAUUUCAUUUGACAAGACAGCACUGUUGCAUUUAUUUCAAGAAUAUUGCUUACAUUGACUCUUCAUUCAGCAAUAGAUCAACAUAAAUCAAAUAGCUGCAAUGACAUCUGUUUUAUUGGUUGAUUUAAAUUUGUGAUUGUCAGCUAUGGAGUUUUGAGAUGAGCUAUUUCCAAAAAUCCAUACUGACUGUCACCAGAAAGAGUCUGUGUUGUGCAUGGAUAGAGCUAACAGUUGUGUUCUUAUACUGUGAAAGGUCAAGAAAUCUGGUUAUACUAUUUCUGUCUUUUUGCAAAUGACUAGGUAUAAAUUUAUGAAGUGAAGGAUAGGAUGAAGUGCCUCUCGGCGAUGCAAUACAAUGUUUCCAAACAUGAAUUUAUCGAAAGAAGAAAAACAUUCCCAUAGAAAAAAUUGUGAACUUACUUGUACUGUAAUUUCUUAUUUAUGUACAAUGUACAAACCCUUUAAGGUGGUUGCAAACCACUCUUAACGAAGGCAUUAGAUUUAACCAAUUACCGUAGCUGUUUUUUUUAUAUAUGCAAAACAGGGGUGAGAAAUAGUUUUGACACUUUCUGUGGAUAAUGGUUUUCUGCGGCAAAGAAAAACACACAAACACACACAAAGGAAACCUUUAAUGGUAGAUAACGCAGUUGUAAUCUGUUACCCACCGGCAUUCAUUCUAACCAUAUCCAGUGAUGGCUAUAUAGCUAAUCAGCCUCUCACUGCAACUCAGAUAGCUACUGAUCUUUCUCCAGUGUUUGAAAAAGCACGGGCCAGAUUAGUGCAUGUUCAACUGUAGUUGCCUUUUUCUGUGUGUUGCCUUAUGUAUUAUCCUGGAAAUCAGCUAGUCCUGCCUCAAAACUUAACACAUACUUCUGUUCACACUGUAAUAUAGAGAUCCUGAUACUUAAAAGAAACUAUCUUCUUAAUCAUGAAUAUGCCCUUUGGUAUGAGUCUCCUCAUGUGUAGAAUUAAGCACUUAGUAGUUCAUGAAUUUGGCUUGUCCAUGGAAAUGAUUUUACCAAAAUUUAAAACUAACUUGGUUUAAUCUGUGCCAGAGUUAAUUCAGACUAGGAUGAGCACCUAUCUGCCAGUCUCUUUCGGCUGCCAUUGCACCCUCCCACCACUCGCCUUAUUAGGCAUUCGUCCCCCCCCCCACAGAUCUGUGCAUAUUUUUUCCAGUUUGUACUUAAAUGCCAUGUGUGUAAUGACAGUAUUAUACCUGGAAGAUGCAAUUAAGCUGCUGUGGUCUAUGCUGAAGUGAAGAUUUUCCCAGAUAUAAGAACGAUAGGGCUACACACUCACAACACAUACACACACAAAUUCCACACUGGAAGAACAACUUUCUCACUCCUUUUGAUUCCACAAAAGGGAUAUAUGGCAAUGCAAUGUUCAGUAUUGUCAAUAUUGUAUUAUGCACAAAAAGAUAUUGAAACGUUAGUUUUAAAUUUUGUGCCUUUAUAGCGACCAGUUAUCUGUAAAUAUAGAGCAGAUACAGAUUGUAUUUGGGGAGGGAAGGGGUCCUUUUUAGUGAAUUUUUUUUAAAGAAUAAAUAAAUGAAAGAUGGAAUUAAACGUUCAAAAAUGGGAAUUUUCCAAACUAAUCAAAUGUUACAUGAAAGAAUAAAUUUAUAUAACCCCCUUGUUACACUGCCUAUGAAAUGUAGUCUGUCGUCUUUUACACAGAUUUAUUCCAGAGGUGAUUUCGUGUUCUCUUAACAUGGAAUGGUUGCUCCCAAAGUCAGAGCAAAUACAUGCUUGUUAUCUUCUCAAUAAUGCUAGGCCCUGUGAGGACUAACCUAAACUGAGUAUUGUCAACAGGCACAGUUACUAAAGAAUGCUGAUCGUGCUUCUGAAGUGAAGGGGCACAUCAUGUGAGUAAUAGUCACCUCAUCCUUCUUUUUCUUUACACUUUGUGGGGGAAAGGUUGCAAAUGCAGAAUACCCAUGAGCUACUGUCCCUUACGGGUGCAAUCUAUAUGUUCAGAAACUGUGUGUGGUACACACUGAGAACACAGUGCUUUAGAGUGCUGUUCGAGGGAUCACAUGGUCCAAAUGCACCCUGUCCCCCCUGUCAAUUAUUCCGUUGCCAUGGGAGCAGAGUUCAAACCAGUCUCAGACCCAGUGGGCUAACUUUCAGUAGGCAACCUUUGAAAUGGGGAAGCAUUCAUGUUUAAUAUCCACUACUAAGGCCCAUAACCAGAGAUUUUAUGCUGAGGAGUGGGUCUACGGAUGCUUUGGAUAUGAUGCAAAACAGCCAAGUCUGUUUGUAACAUUAUGUUUGAUGUUUAGAGUUAUUGAAUAAAAAUAUUGUUUUUAAUCAAAUUAAAAUGGAAGUUUAUGUGUA